GCAGAUCCUCUUGUUUUUAGGUAUGUAUCUACACUUGUCUCCUCUGAUUCAGUCUGGGCUGGCUGGCAGUAUGAUGCAUCUCGGGGUUCGCUGGCUGGAGUGGCUCAUGAUUCUGCAGCUGUCCACACUGCCUGGGCUGAGCGAGGGGCGCCCCCUGCUGGUCUGGACGAGGCACGACCGCUCCGUCUCGCCCCACUGCGCAGAACACGACAGGAACAGCAACGCGGUGUCUCUGGUGCAGGCCAGGAUCCGGGGCCUGCAGCAACAGAUCAAAACAACGUGGGGUUCAGGGCUCCUGUCAAGACUGCCCUCCCAGCCCAACGUAACAGCACUGUGGGACAGGAACAGAGUCUCAGUGUCUCACAGAUUCUCAGUUCUGCUCCAGUAUCUCAGUCACACAGCCUGGCUGAUGGGACUCUCGGAGGCAAGGAAACUGAAAGACAUUUUUGGAGAGAGAGAGUCUGAGGUGAGAGGGAUCACAGCGGACCUGAAGAACCUGGAGGCGCGAUACAGAGUCCUGGACAGCAUGCUGGUACUGCACUUGAAGACCAUUCCAGUCCAGGUGAAGUUUCCGGGCUCGGUUUCCCAUAACGAAGUUUUCCAUUCCUGGAGCAGCACCCUAGCAGACUUGGAGAGGCUGACGGGACAAAUCGGACAGGACUUCGAGGAGCUGAGACCUCCGGAGUGUCGGGAGGAGAGAUAG